CCAAAGAUGGCGGAAGUGGUCUUUGGCGCUACCGUCUGCUCAACAGGAAGUGUUCCCCCGGUUUCGCGGCGCGGCUUUUGCCCCGGACUGUAACUGUAAGGGAUAUGGAAAGUAACAGUACACUUCGGGAGUGCGGGUCUCCUGACCCAUGUAUACAACUGGAGCGUACUAUCAACCAGUGGGCGUUCGAUUAUUAUUUUCACACUGCAGUGGAGGCGUUUAGAAGCGAUCGCCAUGAGGACUUCCAGGAGAUCCGGGACAUUGUUUCCGUCUUACUUCUUCGUCCUUUAGAAACAAAAGCUCAGAAUGAUUGCAAGUUACGUAUAAUGCAGUGUAUUUCUCGGAUUGAAGAAGGUGAAGACCCAGAUUGCACAUUUAAUGACAACAACAAUGAAACUCCUUUAGAAUCAGCUGUUGGACUUCUUGAUAUCAUUCAGGAAGAAAUGCCUCUUGAUGAAGAUUUAUUCAAAACCAAUAAACAGAUGGUUAAAGAAGCGGCAGUUUUGGUGUGUAUAAAAAAACAGAAGUUUGAUCAAGCCAUCAGAAUUCUCAAGAAGUACAUUUCUAACUACAGCAAAAGAAAGCUACGAGCUGAACUGCACACCAUUAUCCGAGAAAAGAACCAGAAUCAUCCUUUGAUUACAAAUUUCUCCUUCACUACCAUCAAGAAGAUGAUCUAUCAGCUUUUUGAGAAACAUAUUGACGUUACAGAUCCCAUAUUACUGACUAUUGCCAAAAAGGAGCAAAAGUCACAGUGUUUGUCUAAGGACCCCCAAACCCCUACAACAGAGCAAGAACAGACAACUUUACAUCUUCAAAAUGAAUCUCCUAGAUCUCCGCAAGUUGUCAGCUCAGAAGCAGACUGUGUAAUAUCAUACGGACUGUCUGUGUUGAAAUCUAAAUUUAAGUCACUCUGUCAAGAAGAGGACCCUGAUACAAUCUUCAGGGGACUGUGUGAAACGGACUUCUGUAGACAGGACACCCCUAAUGACAUUCCUCUUGAGAAGGCAGGAACAGACACAGAGGAGUCGAUAUUAGGAAGGCACAGAAAGAAAUUGGUUGUAUCACUAAAGCAGGUAGUGAUAGAUAAGGACAGCCAAUGUAUACAUUUGAGCGAGAAUUCAAACGUCUCCAGUGACAGGACAAAUCAAGCUGCCCCUUCUGCUCAGAAACCAAAGAACCAGCAAAUUACGCCUAAGAAAAGGAAAUUAAAUUCAAUGUUAGACCGCUCAGAUAUUGUUGAAGACCGGGACAAUUGGAUUGAAGCAGAUGAGCUGUUUGGAAGCAAAAGAGAAGAGAAUGGAAAAACAUCCAAUAACACAUCCACCAAUAGCAAGAGGCAGAAAUGGACAGAGGAUGAGACUGAAUGGAUAAUAAAAGGAGUGAAAAAAUAUGGCGAGGGAAACUGGAAAGACAUCAUGAAGAAUUACCCUUUCCUGAAUCGUACCUCAGUCAUGAUAAAGGACAGAUGGAGGACCAUGAAGAAACUGGGGAUUGUGCCAGAUAAAUAACUUUGUUACCCAAAAGAAACAUUGUGUUCCUGUUUUUAUCCUUGGAUGUUUUGCAGUACCAAUGGAAAAGACCUUCAUUUCAGUGGAGGUUAAUAGCAUGAUUUCAACCAAAGUAUAUUACUGUCCUUCCGUUGGUAGAGUACAAGGCCUC